AUGGCGGCGGCGACAGAGGGGUCGGGAAACGUCGUCGUUUACUGCAACCGAGGCGCCGGUGGGGUCACUUUUCGUCUCAAGGAUGUGAUCAGGGAUGUCGCCAAUUGUGACAUUGACGGAGAAUUGAGCGUUGGAAGGACGGUGAGCGGGGAUUAUACGGUCGUGCACGUGGGAAACUUGGCGCGGAGUGGGUCAGACUUGAGUGACGUGGAUUCUGACGACUACGACGAGGAGGGCUUGCCGGUUGUUGAUGUCGUGAUGGAGCGAUAUCCGUCGGGAUACACUAUUCCAGAGGACGACGUCGUCGUCAAAGAGCAUCACGUGUCGAAUCUGGAGGAUGGUUGGCAAGUGACGACUAAUGACGCAGACAGUCUAGUUUCUCAGUUUACCGAAGAUGAUUUCGGAAAGUUGCAAUCGAUUUUGAGUUCGGAUCAAGCCAAGGCUGUGCUUGGAGAGGAACUGCCCGCCGUUGUGCUUGGGGCGAAUCCCGGGAAUCCCACCUACCGUCCAAGAAAAAUUACUCGAGAAGAAGCGAGGAAAGCAAUUUGGCAUGACCAUUGCUACGGGACGAGUCGUGUGGGAUCGAAUGCCGAUGGGAAGCCUUUGGUGGAAUACCAGGAGCAGAAUGAAGCUGACGACGAAGAAGAAGACGAUGAUGUCGAGGAUCGCCUUGUUUCCGCGGAAGAGGCAGCCCGACGGGAAAUUUCCAGGCGUUCUGAGCGUCAACGAGAAAAAUGGGAGAAGGAGGAAGUGGAAAGGAUCCGAGCCGAGAACCAGGAGCAAUUGGAACGCGAGAAAACCCGUCUCGGGAAGCUCACGAAAACCCUCCUUUCCGGGGAAGACGACGUCGAGCCCGAGUCGAAAUCCCUGGACCUCGACGACCCCCGGAUGCUUUUGGGUUCCGACUCUGACUCUGACCGUCGCCGCGCGUCAACCCGAGACCGUCGACCCACGAAGAAGAUGCAACAGAGUGAAGAGUAUCUCAACAUUGUGGCCAACGCUGUCCUGGACCGGAGAGAGGAAAUGGCCAAGAAGCUGAGAACGGAAGUCGACGACGAAGACGAGAAUCUUCUGCUCGGGCGGAAAACCGAGUCGCCGGGAGCAAAGGAAGCAGGUGAAGGAAAAGAAGGGCGACAAGGGGAAGGUGCAGUUGGCGAAGCAGAAGAAGAAGAAGGAGAAGACGAGGAUGUGGAUGAUGAGGCGGAAGAGGUGGACGAGAAUGACCCGAACAAGCUGUGGUGCAUUUGCCAGAAGCCGCACAAUAAUCGGUUCAUGAUCAGUUGCGACGUUUGUGAAGAUUGGUUCCAUGGCACCUGCGUCAACAUCACGAGAGCUCAAGGCAAGUUAUUGGAAGAAAGAAAGAAAAUGGAGCAGGAGUCCAAGCAAUGGAUCUGCCCCAACUGCAAGAAGAAUCCGAAGCCUGUCAAGGAAGAAGUGCCGAAAAAACAACAGCAGCAGCAGCUUGUGGAGACAGAGAAGAAAAAACCCGUUGCCGUGGGUUCGGAGUCUUCGAAGACCGUUAUUAAUAAAGACAGAAGCAAGUCGAACGUGAAAACUGCCCGUCCAUGUGCUUUGCGAUCCUGCAGAAACAAGACACUGACGACGGCCUAUUGUUCCAUGAGAUGCUGCAUGAAAGCCGUCGACGAUUUCAUGAUGUCGAGUUCGAAACCGCCGACGACGAAGAUAAAUGUGAUUGACAAAAGAACUGGGAAGAUUUUGAAGGGCUUUGAGGCGCCGAUUUUGGCUCAGUUGUCGUCUUUUCUGCGGACGCACCAAAAGUACGAGAUUUAUUUCCCGCCGUCGCCCAAGAAACCAGUUGUUGAAGAAAUUCGUGCCCCGAGUCUUCCGACAACCGCCGCCACAGCAGCGACGUCGCCACCGACUACGACGACGACGACGACUGAAACGAAAGAGAAGCACAACAAGGGCAAGGAUUCAAAGGGCUCCUACGAAUACGAUCCAUCCUGGUCACCGAAGGACACGAGCGUUGUUGGAGACGAAGAUGCGAAGCGGAAACCGCGUACGAGUAAUAAACAUCAGCAGAGAGGAGUGAUGAUGCUCACGGAAUUGCCGCCUUUGCCGGGAUCCAAUUCUGCGCCAGUGCCAAUUGCCAAUCUCCAGUCGAUUGUUGAUAAAAAGCUUGUUCGGGUCGAGAGCAGACAGCCGCAUGUGGCCACUAUUGACCUUAAAGCACCAGUGAAGAAGGCAGAGACGCCAAAGGGGAAAACCGUGAGGAACGGGAAGAUGACGGAAGCAGAAAGUCCGAUUGCCAGUAGGAAGUUGAAAGACAAGGAAAAGCCAGUAGUUGUUCCUCCGAAACUCGUUUUGGAGUCUAAAAAACGUCAUCAUAGUGUUGAGAAGACGAGACACGAUUCUUCUUCCAGCAGCACCAACAGCAAUCACGUCCGAAACAAGGAUUCAGGCUCUAAACAGAGGACGACUCCGCCGUCAACACCUACUACGCCUGACACGUCUUCUGAUGCAUUGCAGAAGCAGCGAGAAAUCGCCAAAAAAGGGCUGGCCGAUGCCCUCGCCAGCAGAUCAUUGAAGACUGGCGAAGACAAUGCGGAAAUGUGCGGCACGCUUGCGACGGCGAUUGAGAAGGAGAUGUUUGAGAAACUCGGCUCCGACAUGUUCAAAUACCGGGCAAAGUGUCGCAGUUUCAUUCAGAACAUUCGUCAGCCCGAAAACGAUCUGCACACUCGCAUCAUCUCUGGGAAAAUCUCUCCGGAACGACUCAUUUCCUUGAGUGUCAAUGAACUGGCUCCGAAACGAGUCGCCGAAGAACGAGAAAAAUCCUUGAAACACGAUCUCGAAAUGAUUAAAAAGCAAGAGCUGGAGAACCUGAGGCGAGGAGACGUUUUUCUGGUGAAAACUCACAAAGGCGAAGUCAUCAUCGAAGGGGAAGACGGUGUGUCUGCUGAAAAGUCGCGGAAAGUUGAGAAGCAAUUGGAAGAGGAAAACAGUGUGAUGGACACUUCUGCGCCCCACUCGCACCCCCCGACCCCCGUCGACACGUCAGCGUCGCACGGGAAACACGCAUUUGACGACAACUGCAAGAUCUGCCAGGCCGAGUUGGCCAAGUCGUCCAAGUCCAAGAGCAAGAAGCACAAGGACAAGGAGCGAGACAAGCACAAGCACAAAAAGGACAAGAAGAAACGGCGGCACUCGUCCCCGCAACGAGACAGCGACAAGAAACGCCGUCGGUCGGAGGAAGAAGCCGAGGAGACGGACAAGAAGAAGCAGGAGUUGGAGCGACAAUUGGAGCAGUUGACGAAGAAGCGGAGAGAGAUGGAACUGCAGCGACAGCAGAUGGACCAGCGUUUGCAGGAGACGAUGGCUGAGGCGCAAAAGGUGCAGCAGACCGUGUUGAGUCCGGUUGUCGACUUGCAGGAUCCCUACGAGCCGGGCGAUGACGUUCUCAACGAGCUCGACGUCGACCCGGUUGACGACACCGAGCUCCACAGAGCUUUGGGAUUUGACGAGUCUGACUACUCUGAUAAGGAAGAGGAUGAGAGGAUCCGGUUGCGAGAUUGUUGGUCUGGUCACAUCCGCAUGCCGGAAUUCCACGACCACGUGGUGCUGGAUGCGUUUCCGGUGUCUGGCUAUUGCGACCAUUUACUCGACGACGUUCACAUCAACCUACAAGUGGUUGGUCGGUUAUCUGCCGACUGCGCCUUUACCUAUGUUGAGGAAAUGCGAAAGUCGACCAACAAGGAAAUGGUGAUUGUGAGGUUCCAUCCGAAGAGCGGAGUGGACCGCGAGCGGAACGGCAUCAUGUACAAGAAGUUUUUCCAGUCGCUGUACGAAAAGGACCGCGUGGGCGUGUUGAAGGAACACUCGACGACCGUGAAGGACUUCUACUUGGUGCCUGUGCGCGGGGACAGGCCGGUGCCGGAAGUGCUGUUGCCCUUCCAGGGCCCAGGCAUGGAGAAGAACCGCCAGGACGUGUUGCUGGGCAUCUUGUGGCGCCGGAAACGGGACCGGAACGAGAAGAUGGCGCGGCGGUGGUUGCGCACGAAGUCUGAUGACGGGAGUUCGGUGUCGGAUCCGAUUGUGGAGAAGUUCGCCAAAGUGGUGGAUCUCGCGGGAAUUGGUCGCCGUUCGUCGUCAGAGUCGAAGGAUCCGCGGCGGCGGAAAAACUCCGUGAACCUCAAUUCUCCGUCAAGCUCGAGUUCGGCCAGUUUGUCAAGUCCGUUCUCGGCGCCGGGCCACCCAGUGUCACGGCCAUCGAUCGAAGAUGGCGGCACUCUGGAUUGACAAUGAUGAAGGGAAAUCCUUGCAAGUGACGGGAUGUGAAUAUUUCCGUCUUUCUUUUUUUUUUGGGCUGUCGAUUUCCUGAAUGGAGAUGACCCCCUCCUCCUCCCACAUAGUCGUCAUCAUCAUCACGAAGCGCGGGUCGUUAUUUUUGUUGUUGUUCCGAGCAGUCGGCAAGAUUCUUCAAGGUUUUUUGUUUGUUUUUAAUUAUUAAAUAUUGCCGAGGCUUGAAGAAGGUGGUGGUGAUGUGUCAUGAGAGUCAUGCACACACUCACACACAGACUGCCUGGAUGAGUUGUCCAAAGAAAACGUCGUUUUCAAUUAUUAGUGUGCGUUUUUUUUUUUUUUUUUUU